UGAGCUCCCAGGCUCGGCGCCGAGGUCUCGCAGUGGAGCUGGGUGAGCACCCGAACUUUUAGCCUCCCGGCGCUGCCGGCCAGGGGCGCGCCGGAUCCCUCGGCUUCGGUUCCGUGUGGCAUAGGUCUGUUCAGGAGCACAGGUCGGGUUCGCUUUUCCUUUGCCCGGCUGGGCUGCGGACAGGCUCGGCGCUGGGAGUCCUCGCCGCGGGAGAGCAGCUGACUCUCCGGGGUCGGGCACCGCUGGCCGACCGCCAGGAAGCCGCCGCCGCCGCCGGGAUGGCCGACCACCUGCUGCUCGCCGAGGGCUACCGCCUGGUGCAGAGGCCGCCGCCCGCCGCGCCCACGCACGGCCCCCACGCGCUCCGGACUGUGCAGCCCUACGCCGGCCCGGGCCCCGAUAGCGCGCUGCGACCGCGGGGGGCUCCGCUGGGCCCGCCGCCGCCGCCCCCGCCCGGCGCCCUGGGCUACGGGGCCUUCGCGCCGCCGCCGGCCUUCCAGCCCUUUGCGGCCGCGCCGCCGCCCGCCUCGGGGAGCGCGCACCUGCAGCCGGUGGCGGCGCUCUACCCGGGCCGCGCGACCGCGCCCCCCGGCGGCCCCGGGAGCCCCCUGGGCCUGCAGCCGGCGCCCGGCACCCUGGCCCCGCUCCCGCCGCCGCCGGCUCACGCCCUGGGUGGCAUGGACGCGGAACUCAUCGACGAGGAGGCGCUGACGCUACUGGAGCUGGAGCUGGGGCUGCACCGCGUGCUCGAGCUGCCCGAGCUCUGCCUGGGCCAGAGCGAGUUCGACUGCUUCUCAGACUUGGGGUCGGCGCCUCCCGCCGGCUCGGUGAGCUGCUGAGCGCGGCGGGGUGGCCGAGAGGAAGAGGGGACCCCGCCGCUCGCGGGGCUCUGCACCUGGCGCCCGGGCCUCUCACGCACCCUCCAUGAGGGUGGAGGCGGCGGGGGAGAGAGCGCGCAGGGCCCCGCCGGGCUGGGACGCCUGACCUCUCUGCAGGCCCUGCCUCUUGCCCGGUGACAGUCUGGCGGCACCUCUCAGCGGUAAAGUGAAGGGGACUGCACCCCCUCUUCGGAGUCUUGGAUUCUUGGAUUAUGACCUCUCCUCUCGGACUCUGUCCUACCCCAAGCCCCAAUCUGAGCCAUUCCAAAUCGUUGCCCGAGUCCCCCCACUCUCUCUGCAACCCACUGAGUUCACUGGGCCCCUGGAUCCACCCACUCACCCACCCUUGGAGCCUCCACCCUUGCUGGGCCGGGAGGUCACUGGGAUCCCGCCUGGGCAGGCACGGUUGUCCAGCCUUAACCCCUGUGCAAGUGGAGCGAUGCCCCAUCUGACCUCCAAAACCAAAAUAAAACUGGGUCACUUUA